UAUGCAACGUGUAAUUAACAAGCGUGCUUGUAAUUAGUGUUUAUGACGUCACUUUACCGUAAAGGUCCGGUGCUAUCAGGCACUAAACGGGCGGGUUCACAUCACUUCCAUGUUCGCCAUCCGCCCUUCUCAAGGCAGCAGCUCGUUCACCAGCGAUGCCCGACAAGUCGUACUAGCAUCAUCCACAAGCCCGGGAAAGGACCUGGACAGAGUAUAAAAAUACCCAAACUCCCCAUGAAUUGGUUUCAACAACCUUUCUCUCACAAUUUAUUUCCUGUCAAUCACCUAGAACAAACCGUAUAUCGCAUUUUAGUUCAAGAUGGCCGAGCAAACUCAAGGACAACCUGGCGGAACUGGAAUUGCCGGAAGUACCGGUCAGCAAGACUAUCUUGACAAGGGCGUCGACACCGCUCUCAAUAAGGCCGGCCACGGCCAGUCUCAUUCUACAACUGAGAAGAUCUCUGACGGUAUUCGAAAUGUCUUUAAGAAGGCAACCGGCAAGGAUGUGCCUAUUAAAGACAAGCAGUAAACAUUGGCCGGUACAGAAGAACGUAUCAACCAUGGAACGAUGCUUUUAGACGUCUGGGGUGGAGUUGUAUUGUAGCGCCAAGAAGUAUGAAUACAAUUGAAUCCUUA